CUGAAUUCUGAAACGGAAAUCACCAUUCUCAAUUGUACGAAUCUCUGGAAUCGGAAGGGAAAGCGAUCAUUAAGUUUUACUAACACAGAAGAAGAGGUCACUUGUACGUAUUCACUUCUUUGCGUCAAUGGCAGCCAAUUUCUGGACUUCCUCUCACUACAAGCAGCUUCGGGACCCAGAAGAGGUAGAUGUGGUUCAGCCACAGGACAAAGACAAAGGCAUAACUGUUGAAGAUUUCAAGCUCAUUAAGAUGCAUAUGGCUAAUUAUAUAUGGAAAUUGGCUCAGCAUGUUAAAGUUAGACAAAGGGUGGUAGCCACUGCAGUUACGUACAUGAGACGUGUUUAUACCAGAAGGAGUAUGUCAGAAUAUGAUCCUCGGCUUGUAGCUCCAAGCUGCUUGUACUUGGCAGCCAAAGCAGAAGAAAGCACUGUGCAGGCCAGACUUCUUGUAUUUUACAUCAAAAAAUUAUAUUCUGAUGAAAAGUACAGAUAUGAAAUCAAAGACAUACUUGAAAUGGAAAUGAAGAUUUUGGAAGCUCUUAACUAUUAUCUGGUCGUGUUCCACCCCUAUCGUUCAUUGUCUCAGUUGCUGCAGGAUGCUGGAAUUAAUGACAUAAAUAUGAUUCAAUUAUCUUGGGGACUUGUAAAUGACACCUACAAGAUGGACCUAAUUCUUAUACAUCCCCCACAUCUAAUUGCUUUGGCUUGCAUAUACAUCGCUAGCGUGUUUAGAGAAAAAGAUAUAACAACAUGGUUUGAAGAGCUCCGUGUUGAUAUGAACGUGGUGAAAAAUAUUUCCAUGGAGAUUUUAGAUUUUUAUGAAGGCCAUAGAUUGAUCACAGAUGAGAGAAUCAACACUUGUUUCAACAAACUUGCUUUGAAGCCAUAAAUGCUUGGGCAAUACCUGCUUCUCAUCACUUGGAAGAAACCAGAAGGCAAGUGAAAAGGGCAAUGAAAUCUGUCUAAGUGAAACCUACAACACAUAGGUUAAACCUGUGUACCGUAAUUGGUCAUUUAAUUAGGACAUUAACGUCGUUUGUCUCCAUUCAUAACUAUGUGCAAGACCAUUAGAACAAGGCAUUGCUGUAACUGAUGAUCUUGCUGCUGUUAUUUUUCUGACCUCUUUAAGAAAAGGUGGGUCGAAUUUCAUUAUAUGACACUUGGAACUUUGAUGGGGAAAAUAUGAUUUUAUCCUUAUAUUUCGGUGUAAUUAACUAUUUUAUCCUUAUAUUUUAAAAAUUAUACUAUUGCAUUCU